CGUCUGUCCCCUCUCCCACCGGCCUCUCUUGGGACCUACAGCUUGGCAAGGGUGGGAGGUCGAGAAGUCUUAGGGACGGGGGGCUCCAGCCCGGGGGGCUCGCUUUCCUCACCUUCAUGGUUUCGGGAGCGGGCGGGUGACACCCGUUUGCCCGCAGGGCUGACGGUCUUGUGGGGGACACCUGGCUGCAGUGCUUCCCACUCACGGGGCUCUGAGAGCCACGGAAAUGCCCCGGUGGCACCGCACGCCCCUCUGGCUUUCCCAGGGGAACGGCUGGUCUUGCGAGGUCUUCCAGCGACACGAGCCUGAACGGGGUCCGCGGCGCCUUCGUCACGCGGAUGCAGCUGUGCCGGGAUUGGAGAUCUCACACUUGGGGCAAUAAAAGGAUGUUAAGCUACCAGGAUGGCUGAGGCAACCACUGUCCCCACCGAGACGCACACUCUCCUGAAUGAGUAUGGGGACUACCACAACUGGUCCGAGCUCUUCCACCUCCUCAACUACACCUACACCUUCUGCGAGUUCAGCCUGGAUGAGAACGUCAAGCGGGUGAUCCUCUUCAUCCUUUACCUGGUCAUCUUCGUGGUGGGCUUGGUGGAGAACCUCCUUGUCAUCUGGGUCAACUGGCAGACACGGGGCAACAAGAGCUUGGUCAACCUCUACAUCAUCAACAUGGCUAUUGCUGACCUCGGAGUGCUGCUCUCACUGCCCAUCUGGAUGCUGGAGGUGAUGCUGGAUUACACCUGGCUCUGGGGCAGCUUCCUCUGCCGCUUCACGCACUACUUCUACUUUGCCAACAUGUAUGCCAGCAUCUUCUUCCUCACCUGCCUUAGUGUGGAUCGCUACGUGUCCCUGACCAGCUCCUCCCUCUUCUGGCGUAAACACCAGCACCGCGCACGCCGCAUCAUCUGCGCCUGCAGUUGGGUCUUGGCAGCAGCGAUCCCAUUCCUGGAGGUUGCUCACAUGCAGCUGGUCAAUACCGGAGAGCCCAUCUGCAUCUUCAUGGCCCCCUUCGAGACCUAUGACGAAUGGGCACUGGCAGUCAGCUUGGCCACCACCACCAUCGGGUUCCUCAUCCCCUUCCCCAUCAUCACCAUUUUUAACGUCCUGACAGCCAGGUUCAUCAAGCGCACCAAGCCGGAGAGCAGGAAGCACUGUCUGCUCAUCUAUGCCUAUAUCGUGGUGUUCCUCAUCAGCUGGCUGCCCUUCCACAUCAUGCUCACGCUGCUCACCCUCGAUGGCAACCACAUCAUCCUCCACUGCACCUUCGCCCACUUCCUCUACUUCUUCUAUGACAUCAUAGACUGCUUCACCCUGCUCCACUGCGUGAUCAACCCAGUCCUCUACAACUUCCUAAGCAAAAACUUCCGCAGCAAGCUCAUCUCUGCCGUGGUUAAGUACAUCCCCAAAGACCAACGCAGCCAGAAGGGACCAGACAAUUCCUCCUCCACCACGCAGCACUCCAUAGUCAUCACAAAGGACAACAACCCUCCCAAUUAAGGGGGAUCGGACUCUCGCACUCUUCGCUGGCGAGCGGUUGCGGGGGGGGGGACAGCUCCCUGCACUCACUGAGGUCAGUAAGAUUGUUUUUCCUGGUGAUAAGCAGACACUUUGCUUUUAAACAGCACUUCUUGGCUGGCCACCUCCUGUGCUCUGAAGGCAGGGCAGGGUGCCAAACGUGAAAUGAGAUGGUGUGGGGAGCCACAGACUUCUUGCCUCUGAUGUGCUGCUCUAUCAGAUCUAUUUAGCUAAAGAAAGAAUAUGAGAAUGUGAUAUUUCCUGUUUUCCAAAAGAAACACUUGCAGUAAUAAAGUGCAUUACUCCGCCUGCUCGGAAGUUUGAACACAAAUCCGGCCCCUGGGACCCGACCCCCGUACCCGCCCCAGCCGCGGGGCUGGGGGCACAUGAUCCUUUCCCUUCACCACAAGUUUUUCUGCAGCCCCUGACCUACAUUUAUCCACGUGCUCCGGAUACGCGGUGCUGCAGAGGUGCCCGGUGAGUGCUGCCCCUCUGCCAUCCAAAGCAGGAGAGAGGAAAUUCAUUCAUUCGAAACACAAACCUCUUCUCCCCAUGCCCAGAAAAUGGCUGAAAGCCUGAUUUUACAGAAAUGAAGGCAAUGCGACCCUGAGGGGCCGAGCACAACACAGACCUGAGCUUUAAUGCGGGGAGGUUCAAGAUCAGCAACUCACUGAGAGCGAUUUUGCAAACCCAGCAGUAAACUAGUGAUGGUUAAAGUUGGGUUUGACUGGGCACAGCUGCUUCCAAACGUGACCAGCGGCAGCAGAGCUGGGGUGCCCAGUUUGUGUUUCGCAGCAGGAGACCCAUUCCAUUAAACUCCACCUCCUUUAGGGAUCUCCUGGCAGGUUUCUAAGGCCACUGGGCACAAAUUUAAACGCUGGCAGGCUCCAGCAGCCCUUCACGUGUGCUCUUUUUCAAUCAAAGUCGCACUGGAGCAUGCCCCGCGGGAACACGUACGCGUGCGGAAAGCCUCGGAGCCGGAGCACGGGCUGGGCUUGGGCUGUGUAAGAAACUGGAGCAUCCGGAGAAAGUUCAUCAUUGUCCGGAUUCUGCUAAGUCACGUGCUGCGGGUCAAGCCCUCGGCAGGGGAAGGUGAAAGAGCGACAGUCACUGGAAGGGAGUUCAUAAAUCUACCAAAGGCCUUGAGCUGCUCAAGAAACACAUUUUUAAAAAAGCAAAGCAUAAGCAAAUCUAGGGACAGGAUGCUCGCAGCAGAGCGGUGGGGUGGGGAGCAGGAUGUCCCGGGCUGCGGGAGAAGCCCACGACCAGGGGUUAACACGGGCACACAGUUAUCACAGGACUGGCGGGGAAUGGCUCUGCUAUUUACAGGAGCCCUGUGACAGGAUAAAUCAGUAAACACUUCAGGACUCCUUGUGCACAGAGGCGUUCCUUCUUACUACCUGGGGAUACUGGUUUUAACAGAAAAAGCCAAAUCCGUCUUUUACACAGAAAUAUUUUGCGCUGCGGCUGGGGAAGAAGCCAGUCCCCUCAGACACAACAGCGCCCUGCUGAGGGAAGCAACUUGCGGCCCUUCCUCUGCCUUAAUUGCAUUACUUACACACAGUUUCACAACUUGAGAGUGUCGAGCCAAUUAGACGAAGUCCUCCGGGGCAGGGGUCGUCAGGACCUCACCGCUUUUGUCCCUGCCACCCUCCUGGGCACAACGUGCGCAGUGAAGCCGAGCAGCCCCAAAACUGGCCGGUGAAUGUGAAGGCAGCUUCACGCUGACACGACCCACAGCUCUGAUGCUGAAUCUUCCCUAAGGCUUCCUUUUGCUAAUACCCUGCCACGUUCAAUGAAGACACGGAAGAUAAGUACACAAUAACAACACACUUGACGUGUGACAUAACCAGGACAGCAACAUUCCAUUUCAAGUUACUGAAACAUGUAAAACUUGGUAUUUGACCUAUUAAACUUCUGAUUUUUUAACUCUC